UGUGAGACCUGUGGGUGAUGAGCAGCAGGAAGACCUCUCACUACAGCCAGUACUGAGCAGCAGGAAGACCUCUCACUACAGCCAGUACUGAGCAGCAGCCACAUCGUCCCUCCCCUCUAGUAGACUCUGGCAGCGGGACUUGGCUGAGUGUGAGGUUUGCAGUGAGGUAGGUCUCGUCAGUGAGCCGAGGUCCAGCUCUUCCUCUCUGCAGGGCAGGAUGGAAACAUCAUUUGGCCCCACGUUCUCAGCUGUGGCCUCUGGAUCUAAAGCUGAAGGAGCCAGCACGUACAAACAGCACAGAAGAACUCCCUCCUCCUCCUCGAGCACUCUAACCUACUCCCCCCGUGAUGAAGAUGAAGGAAUGCCUCCCAUCGGCACUCCUCGAAGGUCUGAUUCAGCCAUCUCAGUCCGCUCGCUCCACUCCGAGUCCAACAUGUCGCUGCGCUCCACGUUCUCUCUGCACGAAGAAGAAGAAGACACGGAGCCCCAGGUGUUUGCUGAGCAGCCCUCGGUAAAACUCUGCUGCCAGCUGUGCUGCAACGUCUUCAAGGACCCCGUCAUCACCACAUGUGGGCACACCUUCUGCAGACGCUGUGCCUUGACUUCAGAUAAGUGUCCUGUGGAUGCUGCGAAGCUGACCGUGGUCGUGAACAACAUCGCUGUGGCCGAGCAGAUCGGAGAGCUGUUCAUUCACUGUAAAUACGGCUGCAGAGCCACGACCGGCAGCGCGACUGGAGCUGCUGCCGCCACAACCUCUGUGGCGGGGAAAGCUGGAGCGUACGAGGUGGACCCACUAGGCUGCCCGUUCACCAUCAAACUAUCUGUGCGCAAUGAACACGAGGCCAUGUGUGACUACAGGCCAGUUCGGUGCCCCAACAACCCAUCCUGCCCCCCCCUGCUCACCAUGAACCUGGAAGCUCACCUCAAGGAAUGCGAGCACAUCAAGUGUCCUCACUCCAAAUACGGCUGCACAUUCAUAGGGAACCAGGACACAUACGAGACACAUCUGGAUCUCUGUAAGUUCGAGGGUCUGAAGGAGUUCUUGCAGCAGACUGAUGACCGGUUCCACGAGAUGCAGCUGACUCUGGCUCAGAAGGACCAAGAUAUUGCUUUCCUGCGCUCCAUGUUGGGCAAACUCUCUGAGAAGUUGGAUCAGCUGGAGAAAAACCUGGAGCUUAAGUUUGAUAUGUUAGAUGAGAACCAGAGUAAACUCAGCGAGGACCUGAUGGAGUUUAGGAGAGAUGCCUCCAUGCUUAACGACGAGUUGUCCCACAUCAACGCCAGACUCAACAUGGGAAUCCUGGGCUCUUACGACCCGCAGCAGAUCUUCAAGUGUAAGGGGACGUUUGUGGGCCACCAGGGUCCUGUCUGGUGUCUGUGUGUGUACUCCACUGGAGACCUGCUCUUCUCCGGCUCUUCUGACAAGACCAUUAAGGUCUGGGACACCUGCACGACCUACAAGUGCCAGAAAACUCUGGAGGGUCAUGAUGGCAUUGUGCUGGCUCUGUGUAUCCAGGGCAACAAGCUGUACAGUGGCUCUGCAGAUUGCACCAUUAUUGUGUGGGACAUCCAGACCCUGCAGAAAGUCAACACCAUCCGUGCCCAUGACAAUCCCGUGUGCACCCUGGUGUCCUCCCACAACAUGUUGUUCAGCGGCUCCCUCAAGGCCAUUAAGGUGUGGGACAUCAUGGGCACAGAGCUCAAGCUGAAGAAGGAGCUGACUGGUCUGAACCACUGGGUCAGAGCUCUGGUGGCCUCCCAGAACCACCUGUACAGCGGUUCCUACCAGACUAUCAAGGUAUGUGGGGGAAAAAUGAACAUGUUUGCCUUCUCAGGAAGGAUACGAGAUCUUUCUGGCCUUAUAGUAUCUCCAGCUGUGGAGAACACCCUCUCAGAUGGGGUGGAGGAUGUUUGGACACAGAGAUACCUCUCAGCUAAAGCUGAUAUGGGCAGUGUGUCCUUCAUCCACCACCAGAGGGUGGGGCUGUCCUUGGUCUGGGACAUUGAGUCUAAAGAACAAGUGCGAACCUUGACUGGUCACGUGGGAACGGUCUACGCUCUGGCUGUCAUCUCCACCCCAGACCAGACCAAAGUGUUCAGCGCCUCCUACGACCGCUCCCUCCGGGUUUGGAGUAUGGACAACAUGAUCUGUACCCAGACGCUUCUCAGACACCAGGGCAGUGUCACGGCGCUGGCGGUCUCCAGGGGGCGCCUUUUCUCUGGAGCUGUGGACAGCACGGUCAAGGUGUGGACGUGCUAAACAAACGGCGGACUACAUGCCUCAGUGACUUCCACAGGAUUUCUGUCUCCUUGCCUGUUUCUUUGAUUGUGACUCCCUCACCUCCCGGUGGCCUCAUCACCAGUGCACUUGAGGACGAUGGUGUAGACCCUCAGUCAUGUGGGGCGAGCUGAGCCUGAGAGACUUGUUUUCACUUCUCCUUUGAGGAACUUUCUCAAUUCCAACUAAAACAUGGGAGUUCUGAGCUUUAAACCUUCAGUGGGUUACACCGUGUAAGCUGAACCCUUCCUGAUGCAGGAUUAGAUUAAUUCAUUCAUUCAACCUUUAUUCAUACAGGUUAGUCUCACUGAGUCACGAGGACUCGUUCUGAACUGCUGUUCACACCAGCUCUGACUAGAGAUGAGCUGUGGUCUUCAAACAUUCAGAGAGUUUUUAUAAUGUCAGGGUGGAAAAGUGUGAAAUUUAAUUUGACUUGUUUUCCAGGUCUGUAUAAGGCUGGACAAAACAAAGUAUAGAAAAACAUCUGUUUUUCUAAAAGUGUAUUAAUCAUAACCACCGUGUUGCCAAGUUCUUAACAUGAGAUGUGUAAUUGUUGUGAGACAGCAGGGUUUGUAUUAUCAGCUGUGGAAAGACUUUAAUCAUUUAGCAUUAUUCUUAAGGGUCUAUUUCUGAAAACACAAAGAAAAAAGGUGGACUUGUUAAGUUGAUACAGAUGUGUAAAAUUUUCUUACAGUAUUUAAGCAAAAAAUUAUAUAUUUUUGCAUAUAAGUUAAAAUAAAUAGCAGUAUUUAGUAUUUUACAAGAUGUGCUGAAAAGCCAGAGAAACUUUGUGGUAAAAAGUUCUUCACACGUCCAAUAAUGUUACAAGAACAUCCAGAUAAAACAGUCGAUUACGUUUACAGAUGUUUUCAUGUCAAAAAGUGGCUCAGAAUGGAUAAAUAAUUUUAAAUUGUGGAAUCACGUAUUGGAAGAUGUGUGGAAACCCUGAAAUAUCUGAGUUUGAGGCGUUAAGGUGCCUGUCGUUUCAUUAGCGACUUGUUUUUAAUCAGUACCAUGAAGUAAAGCGUUACUAUCAGGAAGUGGUCAUGCAGGUAGUUUUCUGUUCUGAAAUACUUGAAUGAUUGAAAACCAACAAAUUCUGAGUGAGGCUGUAGUAAAAAAAGAACAAAUUCAGUGUUUCUCCUUUAAAUGCUCAUCCCUAACCUGCUCCUUGCAUCUGAACAAGACUAAUGGACCCAGAGAACAAAGACUAACAAUUAGUAGGGAGAGUGAUUUGCAUGUGAGUGUAGCCCAUGAAACAGCAACUCACAACAGUGUAAACGUUUUCAACAGUUUAGUUUGGACUGAGAAAGUUCGACACAAUGAGAAGUGAAACAUCUUUAGAAAACCGUAGAGCUCCAGUCGCCGUUAAAAGAAGCAAAGCGUCUUGGGACGCUCCGGGACAAGCUGCCUUACAGUUUCAUGUAACCGGACCCCCGCCUGCCUCUUACAGAAGCUCUGCCGUUACACAGCUCUACUAACGAUGCCUGAAGCGUAACGCUCACGCCACCGCCUGGGUUCACUCCGCUCUCACUCCAGAUGUGUUUUUAGGAGUCUUUCAAGAACUCUUUAAUGUGAUUUUACUGUCGACUUUAGGCUGGACUCACUGAAGACACGUUUCAGACACCUACCAGCUCUUAGCUGAACUCUGGUGUGCACCAGGCACCAGAACUCGGACCAGACUUGUUUUCAACUCCAUGUCUGAGGACUUGGAGGUCAGUUCAGUGGAAAUCUGCCUUUAUAAAAUGGAGUUUAAUGAGCGAAGCUUUUAAGAUCUAGAGAUUUAAAGAUUUUAUAUUCGUGCCAUGAUGGGACUGUAUUCAACGGUUGUACAGAUGUGUAAAAAUAAAAUGUGUCCACGAAAUGACAGUCAGCGACCAGAGAAGGAAGCUGGUCUGCGUGCAUGCACAAGCCUGUUGAAGUGCAAAGAUUGUGUUUCAAUGAGUGCCAUAUAUUUGAAGAAAAGAAUCGUUUUUACUGUCGUCUCCUUCCUGUUUGAUCAGAGAAAACCUCCAGAGGAACAUGAUGCAGAGCCAUCCAGGUGCAAACCGAGAUUUGAAGACCCACGUUGGGUAGAAAACAAACCCCCGGCUAAAUCGGCCUUGGAGGAUAGCCUGAGAUCAAAUGUGUUCAUCGGAGAAACUUUGUCUAAAUAAUGUUUUUAUUUACACUCAGAUCUUUUCAGCUUCGAUAAAGAAGACACGGAGAGACGAGGAAGGAGACAAACUGUCCUCGUGCAUCACAGUUUCAAUAAUUUCUUGUACACUUGUAAUCAUUUACUCUUGAGUUUAUCAUUGAUCAAUAAAACUUGUAA